UGACGGAUAAGUGACAGACGCCAGUGUCAUAAUAUCAUAACCAUAAAGUGAUUUUUGUGUAUUAAAUAUUCUUAAUUAAAAUUUAGUACCGAAGCGAUAUACAAUGGACCAAGGAGACGGCCCGUCUGAAUCUAUUAAGUCGGAACAGCCCCAACAUCCACCACAAGCAGAUAAAAAAAUGGAAGAAGACGGAAGCCGACUCAACAAUCUGCAGAAAAUAAAACAAAAGAAACAAAUUUUAUUACAGUUACCCCUCAAUAGGAAGUUACAAAAACUCUCUGUUUAUUCCAAGUGCCAGCAAGCAGGAUGUGAAUGUACCGGUUGGAAAAGGCCUGAGAAAACGGAUCUGCCGAUGCCCAGUCCAACUUUCGAAGAUCCUUGUAAAUGUGAACACAGUCUUGAGCUUCAUAUUUCACAUUUGAGACACCAACCAGAUGAAAUAAUAAACAAAUUGUUGAGAAUGGUAAUUGAUGUGGAUAAUAUGUAUACAGCAAUGACUAGAGAAGAAAACCCUAAGACUAAGAAAGUGUACCUUUAUUUAUUUAAGCUUUUAAGAAAUAGUGUAUUAACUUUGGAAACUCCAGUGGUGGAGGGUCCUUUGGGUCAACCACCUUUUGAAAGACCAAGUAUUGAAAAAGCUGUCUCAAAUCUUCUGGUCUAUAAGUACUCACAUAUUGGUCAAGAGUUGAAGACAAUGUAUGAACUGGCAAGAAUACUCUUUAAUAGCUUGAAUACCUGGGAACUACCCAGACCAAGCAGUCAGCAGCAUAUAAUCAGUCAGGAGGAAGCAACUAUAUAUUGGAUAGAGUAUACAAGGUGGUUAGUAUUUUGUUACAUCCCUACUUUUUGUGAUUCACUGCAACAUUAUGACACCACACAAGUUUUUGGUCGGACAUUACUAAGAGCUGUGUUUAAAUACUUUAAGAAACAGAUUAUGGAUCAGUUCCACAAGGACCGGGAUACAAUACCCUCUGAGCAGAAAGUAAUGCUUCUUAAUAAUUUUCCCCCCUUUUUAAAUCAACUAGAUGAGGAAAUAUAUGCGCAGAAUUCUCCAAUUUGGGAUGUUGAGUUCAAAGCUCACUCUAUACCAUAUUUGCUGGUGGACCCAAGCAAAGGAAAAGGCACUUCAAAACAAAGUGAAUUUGAAAAGUUUACAGGAGGAGCUGAAGAAAAAGACAUAACUGGUGUUUCAGGCAAAGCCAUUAGAUCAAGUAUUGAACAACCCAGAGAAGCUAAACGGAGAAAAAUGACUAGUGAAGAAGCUUUUGAAGAUCUACCACAAGAAACUGUUGGUCAAGUGAUUGCUACCAUUGAUAGUUUAAAUUAUCUCACAGGCCCAGAUUUGGUGUUCUCAGAUUACACACCUCCAACAGACGCAGGGCCAAAAAUGGAAGAGAAAAACGGUAUAAUACAAAUGCAUUUGAUCGCUAACAGUCUGACAGAACCUGUCUCGAAACAAGUCAUGCUCUGGCUGAUUGGACUCAAGAAUGUCUUUUCUCAGCAACUGCCCAGCAUGCCAGUGGAAUACAUUACUCUGCUGCUUUUUGAUCCGAAGCAUCGGACCAUAGCAUUAAUUAAGGAUAACAAACCAAUGGGGGGUAUUUGUUUUCGGCCAUUCUUCACUCAGGGUUUUACAGAAAUCGUUUUUUGUGUGGUGACUGAUAGGGAGCAGAUCAAAGGUUAUGGCACUCAUUUGAUGAACCAUCUGAAAGAUUACCAUAUUUCUAAAGGUAUCCUGCAUUGUCUGACAUUUGCUGACGAAAAUGCCAUUGGUUAUUUUGAGCGGCAAGGGUUUUCGAAGGAUAUUAGGCUAAGCAAAGUGGUAUAUCAAGGCUAUAUAAAAGAUUAUGAAGGCGCAACUUUGAUGCACUGCGAGCUGAAUCCCAAGAUCGUCUAUACGGAAUUCACGAAUAUUGUUAGGAGGCAGCAGAAGUUUAUUAAGCAGCUGAUUUAUCAGCAGCAGCGAAGUGUCUCCAAAGUGCAUCCAGGAAUUACAUUUUUUAAGGAUGGAGUUAAAAGUAUACCUGUGGAAUCCAUUCCGGGACUGGAGGAAACAGGUUACAAACCUUCUACGAGAACCACUAGGGGCCAACAACUCGAAGAGUCUCAGGACAUUGACACCUUGGCUGGAAUGUUUAAGACUGUUUUAAAUGCGGUGAAGAACCACGCCUCUUCGUGGCCUUUUAGGGAACCAGUCAACAAAGAUAUUGUUAAAGAUUAUUAUGAACACAUUAAAUAUCCCAUGGAUUUGAAAACAAUGACAGAGAGGCUUAAGGCAAGAUAUUAUGUAUCAAGAAGAUUGUUCAUCGCUGACAUGAUGAGAAUAUUUACCAAUUGCAAAGUAUACAAUUUACCAGAAACUGAGUAUUACCAGUGUGCUGUCAAUCUACAGCAAUACUUCCAAACGAAAAUGAAGGAGAUUGGCCUCUGGGAUAAGUAAUAAAUAAACGAGUUCCAGUUGGUGUAAAUAUAUUUUUCUACUCUCUGAGUUGGCCCCUUUUCAUGGUUUUUUUUCAAUGUGGUUACUGAAACUGAAAAUUUUGAAAAUAAAAUCAAUAAAACGCUCUUAAAAGAAAACUGCAAUAUAAUAAUAAACUUUAAUACAGAGUUAUGUAAUAAAGUAAGACAGUAAAAAUGACUAGUAAAUUUUAUAUUCUAAUUUAAUAGUAAUAGUUAAAAAUAAAUGUGUAAAUUAUGUUAAAUAAACUAUACUAUACAAUU